AUGCCCUACUUCGAACUGUACAAGUCCGAUGACCUUGAAGCGCCCAUGUCACUUCCCCAGAUUGUAACAAUGGACUACGAAGCUGUGUUGGAGCUGGGCUCUGCUUUGUCCAGUGCUCAACACACCGGAAACGUCACAGCUUGCUUCGUGUGCAGCAAAAUGGUUCAAUACCGCCUUGCAUCGCCAGACUCGUCGUCGCAGACUUCGGAGGAAUCCACACAAGAAAUUGGCAUUUACCAUAUUACCGAGCAUGGUUCCACUUAUGGUAUACCGGAAAAACUGGUAGCAUCGUCAACAUCUGCCAUAGACAGUAAUGGGGUAGAUUGGACGCUCUCCUUUCCCAUCACUCCUCACCGUCCCGUUGGUACUGAACUACGAUCUCAUCUGGUGCAGACGCCUUUGCCAAAGCCUCCGCCGCCCGGCAGCUGGCCACAGACAAAACAGGUAUCCGCUCCUCCAACCUCGCCCAGCGGCUCUCUCAUUCUCAAUCGUCCAACACCAAGGCCUCCCGGAGCUUUCCCACCAACUACUCCAUAUGCGAACAGGAUUGCUCCAGCACAAGAUAGCCCAAAUGUAACAGAAACUCUUGUUCCAGGGAGUGUACUACCAUCGCAAUCUACAUGGCUCGCAAAGCGAAGACAGUACAAGCCGAAUGGAAAAUCGUACAAAUCGACAGGAUCAAAAGUCGUCAUGGCCCCUGUGGGUGUGCCUACUGGUCCUCAAAAACACGGCAUCGAGCGUAGUUGGGUAACAUGGUACCACGAUGGCUCCACUCGCAAUUUCAUUCCAGCAGUCGCUACUGAAAUUGUUGGAAAAGCCGAGGACGUGGACUGGGACGGUAUCAUGUACCUCUUGCAAACAACGAAUCAUGCUCAUAUCAUUAGGCUGCUCGAUGGCAGUCACCUGCCCAAACGAGAUCCAUUGGCUGGACAAUUUGUGCGCUACCCGCCCGGCCCGGAAGGAAAUUUUGUCGAAAAGUCGGCCACAGAUUUGGGGAAUCUGGCGGGAUGGGACGAGAAACAGUGGAAGGAGCAACGACGUCGGUGGCGGGACGGGCGCUUCUCCACCGAUCUUAAAGUGUUGCCCGGUUUCUUCCCACAUCCAUUCCUAGUCUGGGAGCGCAUGGACGGCAGGCAGCUUGGCGUUACACUGACAAAGCGCCCGAAUGGUGUCGAGGAAGAGUUUGUGUGGUACUUUCUCGUCUCCCUCUUGGAUGCGGUGCGCUGGCUUCAUCAUGGCCUCCCCGAGCGAUUACGGCCUGAGGACGACUGGAGACCGGUGGUCCACAACAAUAUCAAUCCCGAUACUAUCUGGUUGAAUCGCCCUUGGAAGAGGGAGCUUCGCUACGGCACUCUCAAACUCGGCGAUUUCUCACGUGCGGUCGUACUCGAUCCCAUUUCUACCAACUCACUCAAUUCCAGUGUGCGCGACGAGAGAUUCCAAUCCGUUUCGCACAAGAAGCACCCUCAACAGGAAGACUUUGAGGCUCCAGAGCUGUCAUGGCUACUUGACACUGACCCUAAAAAAGAUGCAGGCAAUUUUGGGGGACAGAGCUCUACGAGCUGCCACCCGGUUGGUGGAAAAAGUGACAUUUGGAGUAUAGGUGCUGUCGCAGUGGCUCUCAUGGGCGGCAUAUGGAUCGACCCCGGCGAUUCAACACUGCUGCGAUGGUCAAGCAUAACAAGGGAACGAGCAUUUGUGCUCCAAACACUCCAGCUCUAUAAGCUGGGCGGGAAGAGAUGGGAUAUUACACUCUUGCCACAGAACUAUUCACGAACUCUGAGAGCAGUGCUCGAGAGAAUGCUGACCCUAGACCCAAAACGCAGAACAGAUGCGAUAGAAGCAUUGGCCUUAGCAAGAAAGGGAUACGAGAAGUGGGCGACAGAGCGUGUGCCUUCACAAUAUGAGGAUAACACUGAAGAUGGUAUCGAGAGCGACAACGGAGCGGGUAAUGACGCAGAUGAUGAGAAUGCUGGCAGCCCUCUGCGUCGGCCUCCGGUGGAUCAUUUCAAAGUAACGCAGGCGAUUAAGCGCCCUUCUUCCGGUUUCAGAAGAGCUGGAGUAGAGGAUUUCGACGAUGACGAAGACUCGAGCGAAAACAGUAGACCCGCUAAGAAGAGGAAGCCUAGCGAGCCGCAAACGCCAUCUGAACAACGACCGAAUGCACUAGCACAGAGUCCGCCCCUGCAGCGAAACGGCAUUACCAGCCCAUCUCAUGCAGCUACCUCUUCUGCAGGUCAGGGAAACGGUUCUCGGAAUGGUCCAAGAACCUUGUUGAAGCCUUCUCGUCGCGCUGCCACUCCGCACCCGGGUCAGAAGAAGAGCGUGUCGUUUAAUCCAAGACCACAGUACGGACCACAGGCCCUGCAGCGAGAGUCGACUUUGUCGCCCGGGCCCAGCCCCAUUUCGGACACACCCGACACUAUUUUGCAAUCAAGUAAUGUACGAAAACCGGCUCAGAAAGGCUCGGGCCUAGUAUCUCGGCCAACGUACGACCGGACGCAUAAUUCUUUUGGCGUCACGAAACGCAAAAGUUCUGCUCUCGCUCCGAGAACGGUAGGAGUUUCAGAGCACAGCGGCUCCAAUGGGUUGUCUCCAAGGAAUGUCACGUCCAAGCCGCUUCGGAAAGAGCAGGUCACCGCACCUCGAGGUCUCCCAAAGAAUCAAACGUGGAAGGCAACAGACCAAAUCGAAUUUGCAGCACCCUGGAGUGCCCAAGGUCCCACACUUCGUCCGAGACGCCCGUCUUCUUCUCUGCGCCAAGCUCAGCUUGACGCUGAAAGCGUUGACAGCUCCGCCAUCGAAGAGCUGCCCAAGAGCUGGUGUGUGGUAUUGUGA